AUGGCAACUGCCAAGCCGGCAUUUUCAACGGGCAGCGAGAAGCCGGACCCAGAGCUCCGCAAGUUCAUCAGGAGCCAUGUCAUGCUGGGCAAGAACCUGGGCCGGCCGCGUCCCGACAGGAGGAAGAAGCGCAAGCCCGGGAGCAGCCAGUCCACGUCGGAUACUAGCCCCAAGGGCUCUUCGCACCCAGACACGGACGUGAUGACAAUCCCUCCCAAGAUUGGCUCCGUGACGUCCACCAUAGAGUUCGCAGAGUUUCUUGAACCUGGAACUGUGGAUAUUGUCCUGAAACGUGAGUGUUCGCUUCCCUCCUUUCCUAGUUCGCCACUCUCAGCGGCUCCCAGCACUCAAGUCAUCACUAACAAACGUCCCACGUCCAUCUGGGGUGCAUCGCUAUUAGUAUCCUCCAUCUCCAAACAAAUGAUGUUUGUCCUCGAGCCCUGCAUCCUCUUCGAGCGCCGGGCCGAGAACUGGGUGGCACCCCUGGCCUACGACCCGGUGUACCUCCACACCAUGAUCUUCGCGGCGCACUUCUACUUUGAAGCCUUCCUGCCGUGCAUGCCGCCGUCGUCACCCUCCACAGUGGCGGCAGGGUCGACAAUAGAGUCGGCGGCACGCGGCAUGCGGUCGUCGGCGCCGCACUACGGGCGCGCCGUGCGCCUGCUGCGCGAGCGGCUCGAGGGUGACGCCAACGGCGGCGACGAGAUGCGCCUCUGCGACACGACGCUGGCGGCCGUCAUGACGCUCGCCAACGUCGCGCUGUUCACGGGCGACCUGCGGCUGGCGCGGCACCACGUCCAAGGGCUGGCGAAGAUGUUUACGCUCAAGGGGUACGCGAGCAUGCGGAGGAAUUCGAAGCUGCUGCUUGAGAUGCUGAGUUCCGAUGACCGCGACAACAGCCUUCCCGACGGCGAUGAACCCCGAACUAGUCCGAGUAUGGACCGUGCUGUCAGACUUAUGCGCCGUCGUCGAGCGCGCCGUGGCAACAAGGCAGUACAUCACCACCGACGUGCUGCUCGACGUCAUGGCCUCGACCAUGUACAACCUAGCAGGCCUACGCUGCGAGCCCGCGUCGACCGACGAACUGCUGCGCCUCGGCCUGCUGGCCUUUUCCUGCAGCGUCUUUAUGCACUGGAGAACCCUGGGUAG